AUGCUGCCCGGGAGGCUGUGCUGGGUGCCGCUCCUGCUGGCGCUGGGCGUGGGGAGCGGCAGCGGCGGCGGCGCGGCGGGGGGCAGCCGGCGGCGCCGCCUCCUCGCGGCUAAAGUCAACAAGCAUAAACCAUGGAUCGAGACUUCAUAUCACGGAGUCAUAACUGAGAACAAUGACACAGUCAUCUUGGAUCCACCACUUGUAGCCCUGGAUAAAGAUGCACCAGUUCCUUUUGCAGGGGAAAUUUGUGCAUUCAAGAUCCACGGCCAGGAGCUGCCCUUUGAGGCUGUGGUGCUCAACAAGACGUCAGGAGAGGGCCGGCUGCGAGCCAAGAGCCCCAUCGACUGUGAGCUGCAGAAGGAGUACACGUUCAUCAUCCAGGCCUAUGACUGUGGCGCAGGGCCCCGGGAGACAGCCUGGAAGAAGUCGCACAAGGCCGUGGUCCACAUCCAGGUCAAAGACGUCAAUGAGUUUGCUCCCACCUUCAAAGAGCCAGCCUACAAGGCAGUUGUGACAGAGGGGAAGAUCUAUGACAGCAUCCUGCAGGUGGAGGCCAUCGACGAGGACUGCUCCCCCCAGUACAGCCAGAUUUGCAACUAUGAAAUCGUCACAACUGACGUGCCUUUUGCCAUUGACAGAAAUGGCAACAUUAGAAAUACUGAGAAGCUGAGCUAUGACAAGCAACGCCAGUACGAGAUCCUGGUGACCGCCUAUGACUGUGGACAGAAGCCAGCCGCUCAGGACACGCUGGUGCAGGUGGAUGUGAAGCCAGUUUGCAAGCCUGGCUGGCAAGACUGGACCAAGAGGAUUGAGUAUCAGCCUGGCUCCGGGAGCGUCCCGCUUUUCCCCAGCAUCCACCUGGAGACGUGCGACGGGGCCGUGUCCUCCAUCCAGAUCACCACGGAGCUGCAGACCAAUUACAUCGGGAAGGGCUGCGACCGGGAGACCUACUCUGAGAGAUCCCUUCAGAAAUUAUGUGGAGCCUCCUCUGGCAUCAUUGACCUCUUGCCGUCCCCUAGCGCUGCCACCAAUUGGACAGCAGGACUGCUCGUGGACAGCAGCGAGAUGAUCUUCAAGUUUGAUGGCAGACAAGGUGCCAAGAUCCCUGAUGGGAUUGUGCCCAAGAACCUGACAGACCAGUUCACCAUCACCAUGUGGAUGAAACAUGGCCCCAGCCCUGGUGUGAGAGCCGAGAAGGAAACUAUCCUCUGCAACUCAGACAAGACUGAAAUGAAUCGGCAUCACUACGCCCUGUACGUGCACAACUGCCGCCUCGUCUUCCUCUUGCGCAAGGACUUCGACCAGGCGGACACCUUCCGCCCCGCAGAGUUCCACUGGAAGCUGGACCAGAUAUGUGACAAAGAGUGGCAUUACUACGUCAUCAAUGUGGAGUUUCCUGUAGUUACCUUAUACAUGGAUGGAGCAACAUAUGAACCCUAUCUGGUGACCAACGAUUGGCCCAUUCAUCCAUCUCACAUAGCCAUGCAACUUACAGUCGGCGCUUGUUGGCAAGGAGGAGAAGUCACCAAACCACGGUUUGCUCAGUUCUUCCACGGCAGCCUGGCCAGUCUCACCAUCCGCCCCGGCAAAAUGGAGAGUCAGAAGGUGAUCUCCUGCCUGCAGGCCUGCAAGGAGGGACUGGAUAUCAAUUCCCUGGAAAGCCUCGGCCAAGGCAUAAAGUACCACUUCAACCCCUCGCAGUCCAUCCUGGUGAUGGAAGGUGACGACAUUGGGAACAUCAAUCGCGCCCUCCAGAAGGUGUCCUACAUCAACUCCAGGCAGUUCCCGACAGCGGGCGUGCGGCGCCUGAGAGUCUCUUCCAAAGUCCAGUGCUUUGGAGAGGAUGUGUGCAUCACUGUCCCCGACGUGGAUGCCUAUGUGAUGGUGCUGCAGGCCAUCGAGCCCCAGAUCAGCCUUCGUGGCACAGACCGCCUCUGGAGACCUGCUGCCCAGUUUGAAAGUGCCCGAGGGGUGACCCUCUUCCCCGACCUCAAGAUUGUGAGCACCUUCGCCAAAGCCGAGGCCCUAGGUGACCUGAAGACCACAGCACCCAAAUCAGCAGUCUUAGAAGAAAUGCUUCACAACUUAGAUUUCUGUGACAUUCUGGUGCUUGGAGGGGACCUGGACCCAAGACAGGAGUGCUUGGAGCUCAACCACAGUGAGCUCCAUCAGCGACACCUGGAUGCCACCAACUCCACAGCAGGCUACUCCAUCUAUGGUGUGGGCUCCAUGAGCCGCUAUGAACAGGUACUGCAUCACAUCCGCUACCGCAACUGGCAUCCAGAUUCCCUUGAGUCUCGGCGGUUCAGAAUCAAGUGCUCAGAACUCAACGGGCGUUAUACCAGCAAUGAGUUCAACCUGGAGGUCAGCAUCCUCCAUGAGGCCAGAGUCUCAGACAAGGAGCACGUCAACCACCUUAUUGUGCAGCCUCCAUUCCUGCAGUCUGUCCACCACCCUGAGUCCCAGAGUAGCAUCCAGCACAGUUCAGUGGUCCCAAGCAUCGCCACAGUGGUCAUCAUCAUCUCCGUAUGCAUGCUGGUGUUUGUCGUGGCCAUGGGCGUGUACCGGGUCCGGAUUGCCCACCAGCACUUCACCCAAGAGACGGAGGCUGCCAAGGAGGCGGAGAUGGAUUGGGACGACUCUGCGCUCACUAUUACAGUCAACCCCAUGGAGAAACAUGAAGAACCAGGGCGUGGGGAAGAGGAGACUGAGGAGGAGGAGGAAGAAGUGGAGGAAGACAUGAGCUCCAGCAGCAGUGACUCAGAGGACAGCGAAGAGGAAGAGGAGGAGGAAGGGAUGGGCAAGGGCAGACAUGGGCAGAGUGGAGCCAGGCAAGCCCAGCUGGAGUGGGACGACUCUGCCCUGCCCUACUAGUGCCCAGCUGUCUGUGCCCACCCAGUGUCCCUUUUGUAAGCCCCACCUGAUAUACGCCUGAGUCUAUCACCUGUCGCCUCUGAUUUCUAUGACAAGUCUGGGCAGGCCGUCCCCAGCGUCCUGGAAGUCACCCUUUAUUCCUUGGGCACUCCCUAAGGAGGGUCCAAGAAGCCCAGGGUCAUCAUUAGUGGAGACUUCAGGGUGGACUUUGCCCUGUAGCCCCUACUUCUGCCCUGGACUCACCUAGCAUCCUGUCAGCCAAUCUGCAGAGUUCUGCCUUUGUUCUUCUCUGCAAGGAAGAAAGUCAGCCUUUAUGUCACUCACCUCCCCCGGGCUCCCUGUGCCCAGGGCCCUUGGGUUCCAUCUCACUGUGCGUGCACCUGACCCCGUCUCCUCUUCCACACAGACCAGCAGGUUCUUCUCACCUGACUUUUCAGGUGGCUUCACGUGGGCAAGGUGGUCAGACUUCACACGUAAGAGGUCUUCAGUCCUUAAUACUCUAAAAGAAAGUCUUUGUUGAGGCAGAUUUAACAUAUAGGGAAAGGUUCACAUGCACGCACACCCACAUGCGCACACACGCUCUCCCCAGUUUGGAGAGCCUUUCCCUUUGUCCUUUCUGAGGUCACAUAAGCUUAGAUGAAAAGUCCAAAACCAAGACUAGGUCUCUGGCCACAGCAGGGCCUGGGCCCCAGCCAAAGCUCUCUGUCAACCAGGCUGCCACCACAUGACAUCACAGGAACCAGCAAGCACUCCGCAGAGGUACUGCCUCAAGCAACAGUGUGACAAGCCUGCAGCCAGGAACCAGAAGGAAGGGCUGAUAGGAUGAGCAGCUGGGCACUAUGGUGGGCACAGAUCUGGGAGAUGGGGGUGGCUGGGGUCUUCCCAGCCAGAGGGAAGCCAGAGGUGGACAAGGCUCUCAGCAUCUAGUCUGAGGGUCCCUCAUCACCUGUUUCACACUGUUUUGCCUUCUGAGCAAAUUCAUCCCUCUCCGAUGUAUUAGGACCAGCAUGAACUGCACCAAAUCUAAAAUGAAAGUUUAGAGAUUUGAAUGUUAGGAAUUAGGAGCAUAUCUGUGAUAGUAACAGCUGCUGCUGUAUUCUUCUAAAAGGAGCAGUGCUUUGGGUGGAGGGCAAAUAUAUCUGAAAACCUAAUUUUUUUCUUCUUGUUUCAAUAAAAUCUUUUCCACCUCCA